AUGUUCCCCAAAAGUCUAGUUUUCACACAAUCUGAGUUAUUCAAAGUGUGCAUUUGGGUUCGUGGCCAUUCUCCCUCCUCCGCGUGUUUGAGGUAUCCCUUCCGGGUUUUGCAGACCCCUGGCAUUUUGAGUCGACUUCGCCAUUCAUUGCUGGACAUAGAGGAAAAGGCUUUGCAAAAGAUGAAGACGAUGAAGUGUGAAGAGACUGAUGAGAUAGGCCUCGCACGAUUGAAAGAAGUGUGGAAAGAGCAGAAGCGCCUGGUGAGAAACGAAGUGAAGCGCGAGCUUUCCGAAAUUUGUUGUGUGCGAAAUGAGAUGUGCGAGCCUGCGGAGAUUGCCAAGGUUUUGAGAUGUAUUCUGGAAGCAAGGACCUCGCAUGGCCGUGAUGUCGAAACACAAAAUCACGACUACAGCUUGCAGAAUCACAAAGACAUGAUUUCAGAUGCUGUCCGGGUCAAGGCCUUUUGGGAAGCCAUUGCUCGAGCUGUGAGCAAAAAGAGUGUUCUUGAUGUCGGCACUGGAGCUUUUUGCUUCUUGAGUCGUAUGGCAUUGGCCGCUGGAGCGCGCGACGUCCAUGCUAUCGAGGUGAACCAAAAUGCUUGGCACCAUGCCGUGGACCUUUUGAGCGCAGAAAUUCGUGGUGAAAGCUGUGCAGAAAUUCGUUGUGUGCAGGAAUUUCCUUUGAUAGGAAUUGGAACGCAAGUGUCCGAAGAAUUGGAAUCCGAGAUCUACAAGGUGACUUUGGCAACUCCGGAAGCCUGUGAUGUGCAAUGCUUGCUGUUGCAUCCAGUAGAUGCUUUCAAGCUGGAAGCUCCACUUCGAACGACUCGACCUGUGAGACCUUCCGAUCCGCUUCGAUCGUUGUCACAGGUCACUCAGCGCACUUCAGUCACUCCGGUCACUCCAAAAACGCCCUAUGACGUGGUGAUCCAUGAGCUGCUGGGCCACAUUGCCAGUUCUGAGGGCGUCUGUGAGACCAUGGCCGCUCUGUGUGCAAGGCCACUGUGCAGCGUAAGGACGCAGUUCAUCCCUCGGGCGGCGGGGACGCUCUUCGCACCCACUGAAGCGCUACAACUCACACAGCUAGAAGAGGCAGGGCCGGGCACUGGGAAAGCAGGCUGUAAACAAGCAGUAGCGUUUUCGAUCGUUUUCGUGUGGGCCACAGCGCUUUGA